UCCCUGUGCGUCCAUGCUCCUGGCUAUGCUUCUAAGGGAGCACUCAGUUAAGUUUCUGACGCCUGGUCUAUCCAUGACAGAAGAUCGGACAUUGCUGGAUCCCCAACCAGCUCCAAUCACAGAUCCAUUCAAGGUUGCCGCUCACCGGGAGGCGUUCGCACUGGCUCCAGCACGGCUGCACCAUUUUCCUCAACUCGCUAGUAAGCGGGAAUGCUCUGUCAGGGCCGAGCGCGAUGUGGAGUGCCAAUCGGGAAAUCAUCACAACAUGCUCCCGUUUCACCAGCCACUUUGCUGAGCGACUAGGCAGACACUUUCAGAAGCGCAGAAGAAAGAAUGGCAGCAGUCGACGUUUCGCCAUGAAGGCCAAGCAGUCAGCUCCAGUAUCGGACAGUCAAAUAAACGUUAAAAGGAAUCCAGUUGACAGAACACAGUUGGAGAUCGUUGUAGAGGCCUGUAAUAGUAACAUUGAUAGAUUAUCCUUCUCUCAGAAAAGUGAAAGGUUUUUGAAUGCAGUCAGAAAAUUUCUGCAGCAAUGUCAACAUAUAACCAGCCAGAUCUGGAUUGGAUUUUGUGGUGCUUUAAGUUUCUGGAGGGUUUUUGACCAGAGAAUGGAAAUUCUUCAUCAGAAGGUGGAGGAGCUUCAAAAGGAAUUACACCUACUGCGUAAUAAUUCUCUGUUACAUCCUGAGCCAAGAUGUUCUGGCUGCAAUUGUACAACUUCCAUGCAACACCAUCAACACAGCCCUGUUGCUCAACCUACUGCUCUUCUUCCCUCCCCACCACCACCUCCUCCACCUCUUCCACCACCUAGUCAAGUGCCUCAGAGACUGCCUUUGGUACCUAAAUGUAGGACCAGUCACUCAGCUUUGCAGGCGAAGGCUGAUCAACGAGUUGCAAUAACUCUUAAGGACCUGCAGGCUGUACAGCUGAGAAAAGUAACUGCAACUAAUAAAAUUUUGAAAUCUCCGUAUGGAAAAAGGGCCCCUCUGGUGACUCUCGUAGACCUUCAGAAGGUCAGUUUAAGACGUGUUCGCUGCAGCCUCCCAUCACCAAAGAGGCUUAGCCCUGGCAGGUCACCAAGAAAAAGUCCCAUAAAACUACAUGUAAACCCUCAAAAACUUAAAAUAAGUACUCCAACUAAUAAACCACUGUGUAAUAAAGAAAAUGUUGAGAGAAGUGUUCGCACAUUAGUGCAAUAAUGAAUGAAGUUCUGUAAAACAAUUGACAGGUUGCCUUUCCUGUGGGAUCAUAACCACUGACUGCCAUCAGCUGAAACAGGAACAUCAAAAAAUCUGAUUUUUUUUUUUUUUGGUUUGUUUGUUUAUUACUGUUUAUUGUCUCAGUUUUCUAAGACAUUUUUGUAACAGGUGGGACAAUACACUAUAUACUAAUUCACAAUAGGGAUUUAUGUCUGAGAUCAAAAGCUGGAAAUAAAAUAAUAGAUCAGAUUUUAAUUAAUGAUAUUAAUUUCUAAAUGUGUUAAACAAUAUGCACCAGCAUGGUAUUUUUAGUCGUGCAUUUUUCACAUCACUUUUUAGGUGAGUAAAAGUUCUCUAACAGAUUAGAACAAUUAAUAUUUGGUCACAUAUCACUUGCUUGCAAUUGCUAUCAGGCUGGCAACCCAAUGGCAUCACCAAACGUAUAUUCCAGGCUUUAAAUUUAGCUUCUAUCAGCUUCUAUGUAGCUAUUUGUUUUGAUGAGUUUGUCACGUUAGCCUUCUUUAGGGUACGGUCUGGUAUGUGACUUUAUUAGCAUAAAAUCUUCCACUUGAUUAAGUCCCUCUGUUUGGCAGUGUGAUUAGUUUAUUUUCUUUCUACAUGAUGAAGCUCCUCCCACUUUGAUUAGAUGCAUUUCUGUUACUAGGUAGAUUUUUUUUUUUGACGUUGGAAUUAUUUUUGCUGCAAUUAUAAUUAGAUACAGAAGCAGCCUUGCAAGCCCAAGCCAUGACCAUACCUUUAACAUGCUUGACCAUUGAGCUUGUUUUUGGAAAAAAAAAGUGUAUCAAUGUUGUUUUAUUUACAUAUGGACCUAAAUAUGAUUUCUUUUAAUUAAGUAUGUGUUAUUCUUAAAGUAAAGGCAUUUUUAACAA